AUGAAGAUGUCGGAUCAUCGGAAGACGAAGAAAGGACCUGCUCAUGAACCAGCAAUGAUCCCAGUGCAGAAUGUAAUUGUCCCUUUGGAAGGAGACCGAACAUUAGAAACUAGCGCUUGCUGCCUCACUCUGCGUAGUUCUCCUUCUUAUGAAAAAUCCGAAGCAGGAAGUCGAGAUGUUGGGAUGACCCGGAACGUCGAACCCGUCGAGGGUCAAGAUGGACCUUCGGAGUCGUCGAGCAUCUGCAGGACGAUCAUUCGGAUGUCAUCGGAAAAAUCGAUCCAGGAAUUGAACGAGACGUUCUGCGCCAACAUGGCGGACGGCCGACCCUGGGGGACCCUCGACUCCCGCAGGAUCUACGGAAUGGACCUGGGCCCCGAAUUCGACGACUUGUCGACGACGAACGUCACCUUCCUGGCAGGCAGGACGGCUUACCUCACCUGCAGGGUCAGGAACCUGGGCAACAGGACGGUGUCCUGGAUGAGGCACAGGGACGUGCACAUCCUGACCGUUGGGGCCUACACCUACACCAGCGACCAGAGGUUCCAAUCGCUGCAUCGGGUCUCCCAGGAAUGGUCCGAAUGGACUUUGUGUGUCAAAUGGGUGCAGCGAAGGGACUCCGGGAUCUACGAGUGCCAAAUCUCGACCAUCCCGGUGCGAUCUCACACCUUCCGGUUGACCGUCAUCGUCCCCACGGCUCGGAUCUUGAACGGACCGGACCUCUACGUGGACGCGGGGAGUCCGGUCAACCUGACCUGCGUCAUCGGCUUCAUCAGCGAGCCGCCGGUGCGCAUCUCCUGGUACUACAACGGGCAGGAAUUGAAGCUGAAGUACAACGGGCACAGCGGCAAAUCGAUCGAGGCGCAAAUCACAAACGACACGACUAUCUCGAUCCUAGUGAUAAGACCUGCAAGGAGACAGGAUUCAGGAGAGUUCACCUGCAAGCCCAGCGAUGCCGAAGGUGCCACCGUUCGCGUGCACGUUCUGAACGGCGAGCAACCGGAAGCGAUGCAAACAGGCGACGCCAAUGCGGUCUUCGGGUUCUGGUCGUGGUUCCUUCUGGUGUUGUCCGGGUGGUCGAUCCUGAAGAAGAGCUCCUCCACGUUCUAG